AUGGAUGGAGGUAACGAGUGGAUUCUGAACAAAAUCGAAAGGGACAACAAGAAAUAUCCUCGCAACCUCCGCAUCGGGGACAUCUCGUCUCGGGGAUACUCGUCCAAGGCAGGCCGGGGAGAUUCCCCUGUCAGCAGUCCGCGGCUAUCCAAGAAAACUUCAACAUCCAUCCUCGAGGAGAAGAAUCCGCCGUCUUCUCCUCGCAGCCCGAAGCCAUGGAGGACCCCUCCGACAAGAGUACGUCGUGCGAGCUCAGGUGAAACGUUCCGAUUUUCGGAGUGCAGGGGCAGUCCGGUUGGCUCGCGGCGGUCCCUCUUCGCGCCGCCUAAAGAUCCAACACUCAAUCAACAGCUGCCGCCAAACGCCAUGGCCUCUGCGGAAGACGAUGUCCCUGCGAAGAUUACAAACCAGAGUCCGUCGCCGCCUUUGAGCGAGGGACCGCCAACGCUAUUACCUCCCAGUCCACGUCCAAAACCAAUUGUGAGGCUCGAAGCCGUCAAGCCUGGACACGAGGAAACGCUCGAAAAUGGAGGCACCUGCUUCGAGUUUGGUCACGAUCCGAAAAGUCUCCCCGUCUCGUCUCCGAUGGCAAAAUCGGUAUCUUUUCACUCGGGAACGAGUUUGCCUGAAGAAAGGAAAAUCUCCUCAGCUUUCGACUGCCUUCACUUCAUGAUGAAAGGCUGCAGUUUGCUGAAGGUCCGCGCGAGCUCCAGGCAGUACCGUCGCUACUUCACUUUAGAGGAAGACCUGCAAAGCAUACGGUGGGUCCCAUCGUCGAAGAAAUCCAACAAGGCCAAACUUCCCAUUUCCCAUAUUCGAGAAGUUCGCCUGGGCAAGACCACAGAUAUCCUUCGUGACAAGGAGAUAACAGGAUGCUAUUCCGAGGACUGUGUAUUCUCGGUGAUCUACGGAGAUUCGUACGACUCACUCGACUUGGUUGCAUCGACGGCAGAUGAAGCAAACUUCUGGAUAACCGGAAUCUCAAUGCUGAUGGCUUCGGGUCGGCAGAGUGUUAACAUGGAUAACAUCGAUGAGCGUCAACUUAUGCGAGAAAAGUGGCUACAAGAGUGCUUUCGACAGGCUGACACUGACCGGAAAGGGCUGCUCGAAGAGAGUGAGACCAUCGCCCUAGCCAAGAAGAUUAAUUCCCAGCUGAGUACCGUGCGACUGCGGCAGAAGAUACAGGAAUUCUCCAUCGAGAGCGGCGAACGCACGGGGCGUAUCGAUCAGCAUCAGUUCGUGCUACUCUUCAAGGAUCUAGCGACGAGACCCGGUUUUUUUCUCAUGGUGCGCUAUUCUGGAAAGGACUACUUCGCUAGGGACGAUCUACAUUUCUUCCUCGAAGGAGAACAGGAAAUAGAAACUAAUGAAUCAGACGUAGCGAGGUUCAUCGAGGAGUUCGAGCCUUCGGAGGAGGCUCGUAAGGACCAACAAAUGUUACUGGAUGGAUUCACGUUAUUUCUUCUGUCACACCAUGCCUCGCUCAUGCAGAAAAGUCGUGUAGUGCAAGACAUGACUCAACCUCUGACGCAAUAUUACGUCUCAACCUCCCACAAAACUUAUCAACUGGAGAGCUUGGGCGACGUUAUGUCCAGCGUCGAAGGCUACGUCCAAGCCCUGACGCAAGGAUGUCGUUGCGUGGAGCUCGACCUCACUUUGACGGAUGGAAACUUCUUUGUCGGGGAGACCCUGCCGCUCGAGGAAGUCUUGGACGCUCUGCGUGAUUUCGCCUUCGCCGCGUCAAAAUAUCCGUUGAUCGUGCACAUAAAGUUCAGUCAGCUGUCCCACGAAGAGGCGUGUAGCCUUGCACAGCAUUUGAAAAACUUGUUGGGAGAGUACCUCUACGUUCCGGCCACCGGUUCCCCGUUCUCGGUGAACGCUUCUCCAGAGAGUCUGACUCACAAAAUUCUACUCUACUUCACGUCCACGAGUGGCUGUUCGUCGUCGUCUUCGUCCUCUUCGUCGUCGAACAAUAACAGCCGUAAGGAGAACAAAAACGAUGAAUGGGAUUUCGCCUACUCGGCUUCUGACUUGGCUGAGUUAGCGGCUCUCAAUCAGACCGUAUUUGUCGACUGUGCCACGUCGCAAAGUCAACAGCACGAGAACGAAGUGUGCCUUUUAACUGAAGCCAAUGCACUCAAAUUGUGCCACACACAAGCCGACGACUUCGUACAACACUGCAAAAGGUUCCUCACACAUGUUGAGCCUCGGCAACAUCACGGGACGGAGGACAUAAGCCAGCUCAAUCCACUGGAGCUCUGGGCAGCGGGAGUUCAGCUCGCAUCAACGAAUUUUCAGCAGUCUUCUGCACCGAUGGAUAUUUACCGAGGCUGGUUCUCUCAAAACGGACGCUGCGGAUAUGUCCUGAAGCCGUCGUGUUUACGUCAACCCUGGACCGUUUUCAACGCUUUCAGAAAAGAAAUCGUUACUGACACGGAACCUAUGUACCUGAGGAUAAAACUCAUUUCGGGUCAACAACUACCUCUGCCUAGAGGAGCAUCUGUAAAAGCAAGUUCGAUUGAUCCCUAUGUGAUGCUGCAAGUUUUCGGAAUCCCGAAUGAUUGUGCCGAGGCGCGAACCAAAACCGUCUCAAACGAGGGCCAAAAUCCCAUUUUCGACGAAAGUUUCGAGUUCACCAUUACGGCGCCGCAAUUGGCGGUUCUCCGACUGACGGUGUUGGAUGACGAUUUCAUCGGCGAUGAUUUUAUCGGACAAAGGUCGCUACCGGUGAGCUGUCUCCGUCCAGGCUAUCGGCAUGUGACGCUCCUCGCCGAUUCGGGACAUCCCCUUCUGAACGCAACAUUGUUUGUCCACGUGACGAUUAGUAGCCGAUCGUCGAACGAUAAGAAAUUAAGGCGCAAGAGAUCGUGGCAAACCAAAAUGGUAUCUGCUGGAAGUGGUGUAGCUGAUCUCCGUCCGACUGGAUUGAAACCCGUUGACGAAACCUGCAAAAACGGGGCGACCCUCCUCAGCGAAUGCGCUAAAUUGAAAGCCGCGCUCGAUAAGGCGAUGAUCGAACUCUGUGAGGAGUGCGGCCUGUCCACGAGCUCGAACCUUGCUCAGUGCUUGAGAGUUCUCGUUCAACGUUUAGCAGGAUGUCAAGAUAUCUCCGCCUUCAGUAUUAAUACGAACGGGGCUUUCCCUGAGGUGCAAAUAAGUGGCGAACCGACCGGGCCGAAAUCAGCGAAAUGUCUCCUGUGUUUCGAGAGGGUAUUACAAGAGUGCACGUACGUUGUGCAGAACGCGUCCCAGCUCAGUGAGGGUCUCAAAGACCUCUACAAGAAUAUCCAAUUGCAUGCUACAGAGCUACCUUCCUUAUGUUCGAACCAAAAGAGUAAGAAAGCGGAUAAAGCCACCGAGAACUUUAUCUGGAACGCGUCCUACAUCGAAUCACGCAUAGAGUCCAUCAACUCGCUGACCAAUGAGUGCCAAACAUACCUCAAACAGAUCACUCGUCUAAGGAAAGCUGCCGAACGCAUUUUCCUCCGAGAGAAAACCCUCCUGCUAAGCGCGAAUCAGAGCCACGGAGCGCAGAGCAGCGGACCCCAACGCCAUCGUGCUUCAUCGUCCCUAUCGAUUACGCCGCCCGUGCAACAGUCGAGCGCGCCUUGCACACCUCCGCCCGUCUCACCGGGUCCGGAUCCGAGCCGACCUCAUAGCAAGAAAGGCAUUUUGAAGAAGCCUUCGUCACCGAUCCAAAUUUCACAACAGGAUCUUGCAACAAGUCUGUGACGACUGCUGUUU